UUAGGAGUCCCCACUAGAGUCAUCGUGAAGAUUCGUGAUAGGAUCGGGAUCGUGAUCCUGUAUAUUUCAUAGGAUGCAAAUUAUGCAAUAGUUUUAAUCUGGACCGUUCAUGUCCGCAUCAUCGACCAGAUUGAAAAGAAUUUGCACUUCAGGCGCCUCUCAAUUAAUAGUGAAAACGAAAAGGAAGCUUCGUUCCUGAGAGAGACCGACAGAGGGAGAGACAAUAAUGGUGAAAUAUCUGUCCUGGGUUUUUCUAGUGCUUACUUCUUCUUAUCCUCUGCCUCCUUCCCGAAAUCACCUCUUCAUCAAUGUCUCUCUCUGGAAGGGAUCUAGAGAAUUUUGUGUGCAUACUAAUUGUGCAAAGGAUUGUGGAUUAAGUUAGAGACCAUGUCAGCAUAUGCCCAUCAAAUGGAGCGGGAGUACUCCGCGCGGAGUCUCUCCAAUAGAGAAAAUUCUGGCACAGAGAUGGGAAGCCGUUAUGUGAUGGAGUCAGGGUUCUACAUGACAUCUUUUGCUGCAACGAUCUUCAUUGCUGGACUUGUAACUGUUGGGGUUUUAUUAAUCACUUUGCUGAUUGCAUUAACAGUAAUGUUGCAAUCUUGCCAAAGUAAGAGUUCAGGAGUUGUUGAAAUUCAGAAAGCAAGUGAUGAUUACAAUGAUUGCAAGAUGUUUGCUCUGUAUGCAGAGCUCAACGGCUUGGAAGCAGAUGAAUUCCCUUCAAUUUGCAGGGCUUUUGCUAUUCAGUAUAUUAGAGUAGGUCAAUAUGCGAGAGAUUUAAAUGCUACUAUGCAGGUAGUUGAGAACUAUUUCAGUAGCAUUAUGCCGCUAAAGAAUGGUCUGGAUGUUGUAUUAAUUGACAUAGAUGACAUUCUUUCCUCAAAUCCUCACCAUACCAAUCUAUUAAUGCACAGAUUUGGUCAGUUCGAUUGUAGUGGUUGUAUUGAAGAGGCUAAGCAUUUGAAGCACCUGCUUAUCUUUAGAUUAUACAUGAAACUUCAAGCUAGUGGGUGGCCUUUAAUUUUGUUAUCAAGAAAGUCUUGGAGACAACAGAAUGCCACUGUAGGGCACCUUAUUUCUGCAGGAUAUAGUGGUUGGACUUCAUUGAUUAUGAGAUCGGAUGAUGAAGUGCAUGUGGAUAGCUGUGAAUACUUUUCCAGACGAAGGGCUGGAAUGCAGAAAGAUGGCUUCAUUAUAGCAGGUGUGAUAAGCAGCCGCAUGGAUGCUUUGACAGGCCCAUAUUUAGGAAAGCGUAUUUUUAAGCUUCCGAAUGCUGUAUAUUACAAUUUGGACCGUCAAAUUGGGAAAUCUGUUCCAGAGUAGAUCAUGUUCAAACGUGGAACUGUUGGAUUUUUGUUCUUUGUAUUAAUUCUUUGAGAGCCUUAGAUUGUAAACUCAGUUCAGCCACAUCAGAGGCCUUGGCUUAGAUUGAUGAUUAUUGCUGUUCAUUAAGCUUAUGUCUUAUGUGAAUUCGCUUAAAAAUUAAUGAAGAAUUGAACCAAAAUAUUGCUGCU